UUUUCUGAGACUCCAGUUUCUGGCAGACAGGGAAGUGCUGAAGACCAGCCCUUCCUCUUCUGCGACCAGGAGUCAGGGCACGGACUCCUUCCUUGUGUUCCCGCCCGGUCGCCAGGGGGCAGGCUGCUCCAGUGUCACGGAAGUCCGGUCCCGAGAAAACCGCGCGUGAAAACCCAAGGUCCAAAGUAGGUGCUGUAUCCGCCACUGUGCACCAAAGGGGCCGGGUAUGCUCCCCGUUGCUCUUGAUCGCUUCCUGCCCUUAGGUCUGGAAGUCCUGAGUGCUAUUACACUACGAUCUCUGUGGUCCUGGAAAACCCGGGCGGGCCCUGCAGACCGUUCCGUCUUGGUUGCCAGCAGUGGGCUGGUGAGAUCGCUAGGCCGGAUUGACUGCAGCGCCUUGCGCUCCUGCUGGGGUCUGGUUGCACUUAGGUCUAUGCCACGUCGUCCACAGCCCGGGCACUCGGUGGUGUUCUUCCUCGGAGCAGGCGUGGGCUCUGCCCAAGUCCCGCCACCUUGAGGAGGACCCCAAGAUUUGCAAAGCAAAAGUAAACUGCGAGGGCAUUUUCUGUGUCCCCAUCAGCCAUCUACCAAAUGUUCUGUCUUACUCAGAAGGAAUCCACAGCACCUACUACCUGCACAGGCUCAACCUCCACUCAGGACAUGGAAAGUGGCUACGGUGAUGGUCUUCAAGGAGAAUGCCUCAGAAAACCAGACCAGAAGCAGCCCAAACUCUAUGGAGUGGGUGAUCCCACGGCCACGUUCUCUUCUGACAGCUCCUGCCUGUCCUCUAGAGGAAGAGUCAUCAAAUGGUUCUGGGACUCGGCUGAGGAGGGCUACAGGACCUACCACAUGGAUGAGUAUGAUGAAGACAAGAACCCCAGUGGCAUCAUUAACUUGGGCACCAGUGAAAACAAACUCUGCUUUGACCUUCUGUCCUGGCGGCUGACACAGGAUGACAUGCUUCAUGUGGAGCCCUCUCUGCUGCAGUACCCUGACUGGAGAGGACAUCUAUUCCUCCGGGAAGAAGUGGCAAGGUUCUUGUCUUUCUAUUGUAAGAGCCCGGCACCCCUCAAACCAGAGAAUGUGGUUGUUCUGAAUGGCUGUGCCUCACUCUUUUCUGCCCUGGCCACAGUGCUGUGCGAGGCAGGGGAGGCUCUCUUGAUCCCCACACCUUACUACGGAGCCAUCACUCAGCACAUCUAUCUCUAUGGCAACGUCCGACUGGCCUGUGUCUACCUGGACAGCAAGGUAACUGGACUGAAUACACGUCCCUUCCAGCUCACCGUAGAGAAGCUGGAGAUGGCCCUGCAAGGAGUUAAUUCUGAGGGUGUCAAGGUCAAAGGCCUCAUCCUCAUCAACCCCCAAAACCCUCUGGGUGAUGUCUACUCCCCUGAAGAGCUGCAGGACUUCCUGAGAUUUGCCAUGAGGCACAAGUUGCAUGUGAUCAUGGACGAGGUUUACAUGCUGUCUGUGUUUGAAGAGUCUCUUGGGUACCGCAGUGUUCUCAGCCUGGAAAGGCUGCCUGACCCCCAGAGGACACAUGUGAUGUGGGCCACCAGCAAGGACUUUGGGAUGUCUGGACUUCGCUUUGGUGUAUUGUACACGGAAAACCAGCACGUGGCUACUGCUGUGGCCUCCCUCUGCCGCUACCAUGGCCUCAGCGGCCUGGUCCAACACCAGAUGGCACAGCUGCUCCGAGACCAUGACUGGAUCAGCCAGGUGUACCUGCCAGAAAACCAUGCUCGGCUCAAGGCUGCCCACACCUAUGUUUCAGAGGAGCUCAGAGCCCUGGGGAUCCCCUUUGUGAGUCGGGGGGCAGGCUUCUUCAUCUGGGUUGACUUGAGAAAGUACUUGCGAGAAUGCACCUUUGAGGAGGAGGGAUUACUUUGGCGCAAAUUUUUGGACAACAAGGUGCUGCUGUCCUCUGGUAAGACCUUUGAGUGCAAAGAACCCGGCUGGUUCCGUGUGGUCUUCUCGGACAAGGAGAACCGGCUCCGCCUGGGAAUGCAAAGGAUGCAGCAGGUGCUUGAAGGGCAAUCUCAAGUGAUAGAAGAUGCCUCUCCCUGUCGCUCUCAGGAGCCACUUAGCCAGCCCAGAUGAGCUGGCCGUUGCCUCUCAAGCAGCCACUAUUCCUAUGAUCUGGCCUUAUAGGGCUACGAGAGAGACUGAGUGUGGAUGCGCCAUUUGUCAGUGGGAUUCAUAACUUGGCUUUGGCUUUGAAGAACCGUUUCCUGCCCUCUGCUGGCAGUGGGAGUCUGUUUAAACUGAUAAUUCAUCUUGGGCUGUGGCUGUCCUGUAUUCAACAGGAUUAGGAUCAACCAGAUGACUGUUGUGAAUAGUGUACAGUAUGGAGAGUCGUGACUGCUCCUAACCACAGCUCCUUUCUAGGACACAGAGUAAAAAAGCAACUGUUCAUUCUUUGUGGUGGUGCCUUCCUGCCUCUUUCUUGUUGCCAGGGAAACAAGCUAGAGGAUCAGCACCACACACACACACACACACACACACACACACACACACACACACACACACACAGACACAGAGUGAUAACAUUUCCAAGGAUGUUCCAAAACAUGUUCCAGUGAUUGGAAUGAAUUCUGUUUAUUCAGGUUUUAGAGCCCAGGACAGGCCUCAGCUUGGGAUGUAGAGAGAAAUACUCCACAGUGGGUAUUAGGAGGAACUCCUCAGUGGAGCUGAAAUGCCCCUCAAGUUCUGGGACUCCCUUCUUACCUGGGAAGAAGGUGCCUUCAUUGCUGUCUCCAAAGACAUGGCCUAGCAAUGGCCAGGGAGGGGGGAGGGGCUGGAGGCUAUAUUUCUGGACCAAGCUGUCUGGGGGCCAGGCAAAGAUUGGUUUUUCUGUGUUAAGAAAGCCUAGGAAGGGGCUGCCUGUUCCAUUUGAGGGGUGCUUUAGUGAAGAUCCCAAAUGAAUGUCUGAUUGCUGAUGGGUGGCCUACACUUACAGUCCCUAGAGUCACAGUUGCAAGAGCAGCGGAAGCAGGAGGAUUACUUGAACCUGUGAGUUUGAGAUCAGCCUGGACAGAAGUUGCAGAUGUAACACAAACAGUGGAAAUCAGAAAAUUACUCCUGACCCCAGAAUAAGACCAUUAAGAGUGUGUCAGUGAAAUCAGCCUACCCCAGGCUGGCCCAGACAGUCACUGUGCAGGCGUCCACCACUGUGCUCAGGAUAUCCUCUCACAGAUGGAAUAAUAUUCCAUAGCUACAAACUCCCAGGGUCAGGACCCAAGUAAGAGUGGUUCGCUUUGGUUCAGAAUCUGUGUGUGGUAGGCUGGAGAGAUGGCUCAGUGCUUAAAACAUUUGCUUUUCUUCUGAGGACUCAAGUUCUCACAGUGGGCAGCUCAUAACCGUCUGUCACUCCAGCUCCAAGGAUAUAAUUCCCCCUCUGGCCCUGUGGGCAUCACACACACACACACACACACACACACACACACACACACACACUAUCAUAACGAGGAAUCUGAUAUGUACUGUUUAUUUGUGCGUUGCUUCCUGCCGUUUUCUUGGUUGGUCUGUAGACUGCCUAUUUUUCUGUUUUGUGGUUUUUCUCUGUCAUUAGUUUACUUUUCUUCCCUUUCUUAGACUUUUCUGGAUUUCCCCUUUUCAUCUUCUAUUCAUUUGUACCAUAUGCCUUAUUUUCCUGCUGGCUGUUAUCCUAGAAUAUAACACCUACAGCUUGUUAAUAGGAACGUGUGCCUCGGCUUUCCCUAUAGCAACAGGAGACCUCGUAUCCCUGGGGAUCCCUGGCUGGGUUUGUGGUUGGUGUUCAUUUGUGCCUUUCUGUUUUGACACUGCAAAGUCUUGUUUUACACAGGUGAUGUUUGCUUCAGUUGACCACAGAAUCAUCCCGAGCAUCCACUGGGAGUCAUGUGCCUUCUGUUAUAUUGUGCAGCUCCUGGGGUGGUAGUGGGGGAGUCUGCUAGAGACAGACUUUCUAUCCCUGCUUGUCUGAGGAUGUCGGGUUUGCUCCCUUUUUAGAACAUAACUUUACUGAUUAUAGAAUCCUGGGGUCAUUGGUUAUUUUCUGAUUUCCAUUGUUCAUGUUGCAUCUGCAACUCCUUCCAAGACAAUGUAUCAACUCACUCCUGUCCAAGUUUCUCCAUGACUUUAAAGGACAGUAUUGGGCUGGAGAGAUGGCUCAGCAGUUAAGAGCUGGAUGCUCUUCCAGAGGUGCUGAGUUCAGAUCCUGACAACCACAUGGUGGCUCACAACCAUCUAUAAAGUGAUCUGAUGUCCUCUUCUGACAUGCACCACAUAUAUACACAAAACACUCAUAUAUAAAUAAAUAACAAAAAAGAAAUUAUAAUUGGUGACAUAUAGUGUCAUUGCUGUGUAUGAAGAUCCUGAAUUGUCUUAUUAUAUCAUUUUAUGUACACUGUGAUUUUUGGAUCUGUGGUUUUCUUCAUUAGCUCUGGAACAUUUUCAGCCUUUAUUAUCAAACAUUGCCUUUUCCCCAUCCUCCCUCUGUGUUGGUUACUUUUCUAUUGCUGAGACAAAACAUGACGACCAAAGCAACUUAUAAAA